AUGGAGGAUUUAAAGUACAAAGGAAAUCCAUUUAGUUGGGUUGGGAAACGUCAGAAAGAAACAAUAGAAGCGUGUCUGGAUAGAGUGUUUAUCAACUCUGAUUGGCAGUCUAUGUACCCGGCUUCGGAAUCAGAAUUCUUACAGCUUGCUGGUUCAGAUCACGUUCCGGUCAUUAUUGACAUUGAGGAGGAUUUUCAAAUCAAACGUGGUCAAUUCCGGUAUGACAAAAGGUAUUCUCGCUGUGAUGAGUUCGUGAAAUCUGUGAAACAAGGAUGGCAUCGGGGAACUACUGACAGCAUGGGUGGAAUUCAAAACAAGCUUAAAUCGUGUCGCCGUGAAUUAGCCUUGUGGAAAAGACGCAACAGGAGAGAAAUCAUUCAACUCCUACCUACAAGAUUCAUGGUCUUAGAAGAGACCUCAAUCAAGCUUAUAGAGACGAGGAACAGUUUUGGAAGACAAAGAGCAGAAAUAAAUGGAUGA